AUGAGCGCGGAGACGAGCGACGACGAGCCCCGGGCGGACGAGGAGGGCGGGGUCCUCGGCGGCGGCAAUGCAGUGCGGCCACAGCGAGCGCGGCACCCGGGGCUGAACAACGAGCUCCACGUCCGCACCUCGGACGACCUCCCCGUGAUGCGUCUGUCCGGAAGCAGGACGUUGAACGGCAGCGUGCAGUCGCGCGCCGAGCCCGGCGACCUGCUGCCCAGCGCAGCAGAGUGCCCCACGCCUGGCCACUCCAUCGACGUCCACGCCCUGCCCGGCAAGUCAGCCAGCAUGGGAGCGGCAGGUCGUUUGCGCUUCAUCGUCGAGCACAACCAGCCCUUGGAGGCAGAGGAGGAGAUGCUGUCCGACAUCACGUCCGAGUCCUCGGAAGACGACGACGUCGUGCCGGAAAUGGCCGACUUGCGCACCGUCGUCAGGCGCCACGCGCCCCUCCCGUCGUCGGUCGCCGAGAGCCUCCCCGACCCCGAAGCCUUCCCGGAGUCCACCAUCACCGGCGCCGGGACGAUGCACCGCGGCGCGGCGCUGAUGGGCAACGCCGGCUUCAUGCGCACGCUCACGUGCCGCCUGGGCCCGCCGCCGAUGUUCGCGGAGCCCACCGCGGACGUGCGCCCGAGCGGCAACCUGGACAGGCAGCACGACGCCGAGCCGUCCCAGGGCGUCCAGCCGCCGCCCCCGAGCGCCGCGGAGGGCUUCGACGCCGGGAACCAGUUCCUCGGCCCCGCGCCCUCGCUCUCGCGCCCCCCGCUGCCGUCCGCGUCCGGCGGCAUCACGCCCGCGGGCUCCUCGACGCAGCACGACAUCGCGUCGCAGCUCUUCAUCCCGCCAGAGUGCCUCGAGGUGGACCUGAACCGCCCGCUCGGGCAGGGCGGGUACGGCGUCGUGUACAAGGCGCUGUACCGCAAGCGCCCCGCGAGCCACCCGCGCGAGGUGGCGGUGAAGGUGUUCAAGGACACGGUGCACAACCGCGCGCUGCGGGACGAGAUCUCGCAGUUCCUGGACGUGGCGCUCGGGUGCAGCAACGUCGCGCGGCUGCACGGGUUCACGGAGUUCCCCCCGAACGGCGACGGCGCGCUGAAGGGCUACGGCAUCGUCAUGCACUUUUACCCGACGACGCUGCGGCACUACAUCGAGGAGGCGGCGCCGUUCCCGCCGACGGAGGUCGUGCGGAUCGCGCUCGAGAUCUGCCAGGGCCUCGACGACCUGCACUCGACGCUCGAGGUCGCGCACGGCGACCUGAAGCCCCGGAACGUGCUGCUGGACCACAAGAAGGGGACGCACAUCUCCGACUUCGGGACGACGCAGAUCGUGGGGCUCGCGUCGGGGCGCGUCGACGGAUACACGCCCGGGUACUGCGCGCCCGAGCAGGCGCAGCCCGUGGGGGAGCUGACCACUGCGUCGGACAUGUGGUGCGUGGGGUACAUCAUCGUGGAGUGCCUCACGGGGCGCCGGUCGUGGAUCCGGCCCGAGCGCCGCCCGCGCACGCCGAGCGACGUCGACAUGAGCGUCGGCACCCCCGUGCAGGCCGCGAUUCCGGACAUUCCGAAAGGCACUCACCCGCAGCUGAAGUCGAUCCUGCAGCGGUGCUUCAAGCUGAGCCCCGCGGAACGCAUCACGGCGCGGCAGGCCGCGGACGAGCUCGAGCUGCUCCUGCGCGAGCUCCAGUCGGUCCCGAAGCUCCACCUGCCCCCGCACCUGUCCCAGGAGCUGCGCGCGUUCUGGCAGGACCGCGUGUCGAACGAGCGGGACCAGGUGCCCUGGUCGCGGUUCCGGCAGGCCGUGCUCGACCUCGCGACGGACUCCGUGACGCUCGGGUCGGUCCUGCGGGCCGCGAACGAGUCCGUGGCGCAGGCGCUGGCGGCGCGGGGCAUCGAUCUGCGCGGCGGGCAGUCGACGCACCCGUUCGUGGACAUCGUGGUGAAGGAGACGCUGGACCCCGCGGGGCAGGGGCACGUGGAGGCCACGCAGAUGUACGCGCUGAUGAUGGAGUGCAAGCGGCUGACCAAGCAGCAGCAGGCGGAGGCGAAGCGGGCGGGGGCGCGCUCGGGGUCGCACCGGCUCGUCGACACGGGCCACACGGGCCCGCCCACGCCGUCGCCCCGGUCCGGGACCUCGCGGCCGUACACGACCGUGCACGGGUGCAUGCGGAUCCUGGCGGACAACUGGCAAUCGAUCCACUCCACGCUGCUCGACAAGUACCGGCAGGUCAACAUGGAGACGCUGGACCGCGUGCUGGACACGACCGCGUUCCAGUCGUCGCAGCUGCGGAUGCGGACGGCGUCGGCGGCGCUGUUCCCGGGCACGCGCGACUGGCUGUUCGCGGAGAUGGACCGCUGGCUCGCGACGCCGCCCGUGUCGGCGCGCGACCGCAUCAUGGUGGUCACGGGCAAGGCCGGCACGGGGAAGACCACGGCGGGCGCGGCGAUGUGCCAGCGGGAGCGCAACGUGGUCAAAGCGUACCACUUCUGUCAGAAGAAGAGCAUCGUGGCGUGCUCGGCCGCGAAGAUCGUCAAGUCGAUCGCCUUCCAGCUGGCGUGCAGCGUGCCCGGGUGCUACGAGCCCAUCCAGGACGCGGCGGAGAGCCUCCCCGAGGACGGCAGCCCCCUGGACCUGUUCAGCUUCCUGAUCGAUGCCCCGCUGCGCGCCCUCGAGGCGGCCACGUCGGAGGUGAUCGUCGUGCUCAUCGACGGCGUCGACGAGUGCCCCGAGGACGAGCGCAGCCACAUCCUCGGCCUCAACUGGUGGAGUCUACCCGACUGCGUCCGCGUCAUCUUCAUGGGCCGGCAGCAGAUGCUCCCGACCCUGCGCGGGCGCUGCCGCGUCGUUGAUCUCAGCACGUACGUCGCGCAGGUGCACGAGGAUCUCCAGCGGUACUGCACGCACCAGCUCGCCGGGCGUAUGGCUGACGUGGAGCUCCCGCGCGGCGUGGACUACCUCGUCCGCCAGUCCGACCAGUCCUUCUUGUACGCGCAGUCCAUCGUGCAGCAGAUCCGCCUGCGCGACCAGUGGACGGAGGCGGAGCUCCGGCGGCUGCCCUCGAACCUGGAGCACGUGUUGGAGGAAUCUCUGAUGCGCGUGUACGACGGCGUGGACACGGCGACGCAGGCGCGCAUCGAGCAGGUCCUCGAGGUCGUGGUGGCCACGUUCGAGCCCGUGUCGAUCGAGGAGAUGGGCGACCUGAUCCUGCACAAGCACGAGGACGGGAACUGGGAGCCGUGCGGGACGUCGGACCUGGUGACGGCGAUCGCGCGGCUGGACGAGCUGGUCACGGAGAACGCGCGGAACGACAACUGCGUGACGUUCCAGCACCAGUGGAUGACGGAGUGGCUCCUGGCGCGCGGGUCGGUGAAGCCGCAGCGGUUCAACUCAACGUCGCGCGGCACCGGGACGCACUCGGGCGCCGCAGCGGGCACGCCGACGCGCUUCGAGUCAGAGGUGCACACGCUGAUGUGCGAGCGGUGUUUCUUCCUCGUCCAGCGCAACUCGUCCAUCGACGCGCUCCUGGACGAGCAGGAGGUCGACCUGGGCCCCGCGCACCUGUACACCGUGCGGUACUUCCUCCGCCACCUCUCCAUCGCGAUCGACAUCGACAUCCGCGACUCCGGCAAGGACUCCGGCGCGAUGACAUCCCCGGACGUCCUCACGGGCCUCGUGUCCAUCUUCUCGGGCAUGGUGACCAACAUGCUCUACUGCCGCGCGCAGUUCGAGGCCCAUCGCGGACAGGACUUCAUCACCGAGGCCGUCAGCAUCACCCAGAAGCUCGUCGACGCCAUCUCGCGCGACCGCACCAUCGAGCCCGACCUCAGCCGCGCGCUGCUCGCCAACCUGAGCAACGCCCGCGAAAUGGCGCUCUUCCUCUCCACUUCCAUCUGCGACCCCGCCUCCUCGCGCCACAUCUUCCAGGCCGCGUGGAGCGCCCCCGUCCGCAGCUUCCCCGCGCGCAAGGCCCGCGAGAUCGCACGCAUGACGGGCUUUCCGCCGCACUUCAACUCGUGGCUCGUGGAGCAGGACCCGCUUCCGUUCCGGCCGAUCAUCGGCACGCUGCUCGGGUACAACCUGCCGAUGCUGGCGGUGGCGGUGGCGAUGGACGGGUCCGUCGUCGCGGGCAUCGCUUGCGACUGCGAAAUGAAGGUGGCCGACCCGCGCGUGCUGGUGUGGGGCGCGGGCGACGGGCGCGUCAAGGGCGUGCUGGAGGCUCCGCAGGGGUGCAUCAUGACGACUGUGGCGAUGUCGGGCAUGGGGGAGGUGAUAUUAGCCGGGACGGUGACCGGGGAGGUGCUGGUGUGGGACUGCCGCGGGAUGCCGAAAUGGACGUCCGCGCGCCGCACGCCGCUCAAGCACGGCAAGCCCGUGGUGCUGUCGCUGCAAGUGGAGCCCGAGGACAUGCCGACGUCGCGGGCGAGCCACCUGAGCGAGGGGGGCAAGGGCGACGACCCCGUGGCGUGCAGCGUGACGGCUGUGUGCAUCGACCUCGCCGGCCGGCGGUUCGCGGCGGGCGCGGACGACCACAACAUCCGCGUGUGGGAGAUGGCCGCGACGGCGGGCGACGGUGCGAGCAUUAUGGGGCCCAUGGUGCUCAAGGUGCACUCGGCGAUGGUCACGUGCCUGUCGAUGACGCGCAACGGCAUGUUCCUGUGCAGCGGCGGCGCGGACGGCCGCGUGAAGCUCUUCCCGCUCGGCGCCCUCGGCGUGCGGCCCAAGGAGCUGCCCCAGGCCAUCCACAUCACGCGGACCGUCAAGGCCGGCGUGGGCAUCGGCGUGCGGAGCGUGUCGGUGCGGCUGCGCAUCGCGGGCGGGCGGCACCAGCAGCAGGUGCUCGUGUGCUGCGGCACGGAGGGCUACGUGCAGGUCUGGGACGCGCUCGGCGCCAACGGGCCGGUCUGCCUCCGCCGGCUGCUCCUGAGCGAGGGCGUGUGCCAGUUCUGCUUCAUCUCGCAGGACUCCUCCGCGCUGGUCGCCAGCUACACCAGCCACGGGCGGUGGUUCGUCGCCGCGUUCGACGCCAACGAGGGGCGCCGCAUCCAGGAGUAUAGCGCCAUGAAUCAGAGCUGCUGCAGCGCGUCGGGCGACGCGCGGCUCGUCGUCACGGGCACGCCAGGCGGCUCCGCGCACGUGUGGGACUUCCAGGCCAUCGCCUCGGAGGCCACGGACGCGCCGCUGCUGCGCCCCGCCGUCAACGGCCGCGAGCAGGCGCCCGCGACGCUCGCGGACCACGCGCUGCUGCUCGGGCGCGUGCCGCUCGCGGGACACGCUGCGCCGAUCCGCGGCGUCGCGAUCGGCGGCGGCGGCAGGGUCAUCGUCACCAUCUGCGAGGACGGCGUGCUGUUUGCAUGGGCAGACACUGGCGGCGGGUCGUACGGCGCCGCGGCGAAGGCGCAGCCGCACCUGGACGUGGCGCAGAGCGUCACGAUCAGCGGUGGCGGCGACACCUUCACCAUCGCGAUCGGGUACUCGAACCGCCGCGUGGCGGCGCUGCUGCUCACGAACAACGGCGAGGGGUACUGGCAGCUUUCGAAGCUCGUGGACUUCGAGGCGCACGUCGAGGCGGUGCGCUGCGUCGCGCUCUCGAGCGACAGCCAGUUCCUGACCAGCGCCACGGGCGCGGGCUCCCUCGUUCUGUGGGGGCUCGAGAAGCCGUCCAAACCACGCCGUGUGCAGAUCAUCAAGCACCAGCACCCCGUGUGCUGCUGCGCGCUGCUGCGCGUCCGCGAGGAGGAGCUCUGGCUGCUGUUUGGGUCCGAGGGCGGCGCGUGCAACGCGCUGCAGUUCGACGUCGGGCACGGCGACACGCAGGCACUGGCCAGCGAACGCCGCAUGCCGCACGGGCUCGAGGUGCGCACGUGCGCCCUGACGAUGCCCGGGGGGCGCCUGCUUGCCGUCACGGGCUGCCAGGACCGCCGCGUGCGCGUGUGGGACGUGUUGAAGGAGCGCACACUACAGGUGCUGGACGCGCACGACGGGUGGGUGCUGUCGUGCUCGGUCGCGUACGACGGCAAGCUGCUCGCUACGGGCGGCGCGGACCGCACGUGCCGCGUCUGGCGGUGGACGGGCGGCACCCACGGCUCGUACCAGCUGCUGACCGAGCACCAGUCGGCAUGCCCGGUCACGUGCUGCGCCAUCGGGCCCCCGGGCAGCCCCGUGGCGUACGUCUCGCGGCAGACCGCGGUGCAGGUCCGCGACCCGACGAAGGACAUGGAGGAAAGCGCGAUCGACGAGCUCUCGGGCCCGUCCGCCGCGAUGCGCCCCCUUGGCAUCUCCUUCACGGCGCCGCUGCCGCGCGUGCCCGGCGCGGCGCUUGCGGACGACUCCGUCGAGCGCGGGCUCGUCGUGUCCGGCGACGCGCGCGGCGCGGUGUGCUUCUGGAGCCUCGCGAAGGGCCUGCGCGUGGGUCGCAUCAAGGAUGCCCACGCCAGCACCAUCAUCUGCACCGUCGUCUCCGGGGACGGCCUCGUCGCGGUGUUCGGGUCGCUGGACGGUGCGGUGAGCCGCGUGAGCCUCACGAAGCACGCGAUCGACUGCAUGCUCGGCCGGCACAGCGGCGCGGUGCUGUCGUGCAGCACGGACACCACGGGGCAGGUCUGCGUGUCCGGCGGGGCGGACGGCUACGUCAGGAUGUGGCGCGGGGCCACGGAGGUGUUCCAGUCCCCGCAGCAGGGCGGCAUGGUCAUCGACGUGAGCGUGUCGCUGGACGGGUCCACGCUGCUGUCCUGCACCGACCGUGGGGCGAUCAGCGUGUGGAACUGGCGGGGCACGUCCGCGGCCAUCUGGCGUGCCACGGGCAUCGCGCCGCACGUGUCCUCGCUGUUGUCGCGGCGCUGGGCCGGGGUGCCGGUGACGUCGAUCCCCCCGCUGGACGAACCCACCGCCGUGACGCUGUCGUCCGACGGCCGCAUCGCGGGGGUGUGCUGCUCGUCCGGCGUGCUGCUGUGGGAUCUGCAGUCGGCCCUGCGCCUCAACCUCGAGACGCCGCUCCCCGGCUCGCUGGUCAUCAUCGACCGAUGGCCAUGCGCCAGCAACGCGUCGCAGCGGGCGCCGACGCUCCUGUCGCGCCUGGCGUCGUACUGCAAGCGGCGGAACGCCCAGGACGAUCCACGCGAGGAGGGCGACGCGUACUGGGUCGUGUCGCUCGACGGCGGCAUGCUGCACAUUCUGCGUCUGUCGGAGAGCGAGCCCGGGUCGUGCUACUGGCACAGCGAGGCGUGGCAGAUGUGCACGGGGCAGACAGACGUCGACUGGAUCGAGGCGGGCAUGCAGAGCUGCGACCCGCUGCUUCUCGUCGCCAUCGACUCGGAGCACCGCGUGCGCCGCCUUUCGCUCAUGUUCUACGACGACGUGGACUCGGACGACACCGACGACGAGCGCUUCCUGCAGCCCGCACCCACCUCGACGACGGUCCUGCAGGAGGGCAACGACCGCCUGCGGCCGCUCAGCGUGCUCGUGCCAUCGCACGGCGGCAUGGGCAUGAGCAUGACGGGCACCGGCAGCGGGGCGGCCGCGUGGGACGUGCGCAACAUGUUCGGCACGCUGUCGGGCGGCCCAGGCACGUCGCGUGGACAUGCAAGGUCCGUGUCGGGCGGCCGGGGCAGGUCGAGCCACGCGGGCAUUGCCAGCCAGCUGGCCUCGGGACACUCACGCCGCAACGCUCGGCAGCACUGGAACUCGGGGGAUCUCGACACGGACAUGUCCACGCACGGGGGCUACAGUAGCCACCACCUGCGGCCGUACAAGCGGUCGCGACACCGUUCCGGGAUUGAGCCAACGCCCAGCUGGCAGUUCACGGUCACGAUCGACGGAACCACGCUGCUCGUCGCCGCUGGUCUGACUGCGACCGCACUGGCCGCCACGGCAGCUAUCUCGUACAUGCGCGCCUCCGGUCGUCGGUGA